AUGAAGCCGGAGAAGAAUGAAAUAACCUUCAACGAGGUAAUGCGGAAGGCAGACGAAGCCAUGCAGAAGGCAAACGAGUUCAUGGAUUCGACAAACAACACAGAUUGGAAGGUUACCGAAGAGGAGCUUGAAGCAUAUGAACAGUUCGAGAAAUCGCUCCAACACGAUGCGAAUCACGUACCAGAAGUCAUAGAUCAGAUACAGGCGAUCCCCAACUCGAAAUACUUGGUACACGAGAAGUACGACUGUGUUGAGGCGGAGAAAGCGGCAAAAGAGACACACGAAGAGGUUGUGCGAAUGUUGUCCAAUUUGAAGCAACCUAAGCUGCGGACGCAAGAGUCCGGUGUCGCUAAGACAUCGAAGCCGGCACAACGAGUAGCACAAAGCGAGGGCGAUGACAUGCAACCAAUGCCGACAUCGAAAUCUUCAAGUUCUAUACAUUCAGAUAAGAUUCAGAACAAUUCGCAGACUGAAGGAAAGCCGCCACCGAAGGAGGCGGUCCAGACUCCGACGACAACCUUUUGA